AUGAAGCCAACCAACACUCCCUUGUGGGCAACUCUAGCGGUUGCAGUUGUUCGAGCCGCCUCGCUCACCGAUGUCAAGCACAUUGUUCUCUUCAUGCAAGAGAAUCGCGCCUUUGAUCACUAUUUUGGCACAAUGGCUGGGGUCCGAGGCUUCGGCGAUCCCAAUGUUCAGGUCAAUGACGAUGGCUACACAGUCUUUGAGCAACAAAUGACAAACGCUCAAAAUGGCACACACACGUUGAAGCCCUGGCACAUCAACUAUCUCGGCGGCGAGUGGGAAGAUUCGACCCAGUGUAUGGGUGGUGGUGACAAUGGCUGGUAUGCCAUGCACAAGGCUUACAAUGGUGGCCUCGGCAACCAGUGGACACAGGCCGAAGCAUGGAACACUGAUGAUGGUGGUUACGCCAUGGGCUACUUCAAACGCCAGGACCUGGCCACCCAUUUUGACAUCGCCGAGGGCUGGACUUUGCUCGACAUGAACACCCAGAGUGUCUUGGCCGCUACUGAUCCCAACCGCAUCAUGUGGAUGAGCGGCUCCAUCAACAUCCCCGGGUCGCCUACCAAUCCGGAUGGUGAGGGCGGUCUUAUCAUCGAUAACUCUGCUACCCCUGGUUGCGAACAACCUAAAAUCAAUUGCUUCCCUUUUGUCUGGAAGACGUUUCCAGAAUACCUCGAGGAUGCUGGCGUCUCGUGGCAAGUCUGGCAAGACUUUGACAACUUUGAGGACAACAUGCUUGCGUACUUUGAACAGUAUCAAAAGGCUGCUAACGGCUCCGCCCUGCGAGAAAAGGGCAACUCGUACCCUGGGCUCGACGCAUUUUAUGCUGCCGCAUCGCGCGGCACCUUGCCCCAGGUCAGCAUCAUUGUUGGCCCGCAGGAACUAGCUGAGCACUCGCCCAAUAUGCCCGUUGACGGAGCCUGGCUUCAGAAGCGGGUUGUGGAUGCCAUCACCGGCAGCCCUGCCUACAAUGAGACGAUUCUUAUCGUCAGCUACGACGAACAAGGCGGCUGGAUGGACCAUGUCGUGCCCAUGGUCGCACCCAAGGACACCCCUGGCGAAUGGCUCAAUGUUGAGUCGCUCGGUGGCGAGAGCCCCGUUGGGCCGGGCUGGCGGGCACCGCGUUACAUUAUCUCGCCCUGGACGCGAGGUGGUAACGUAUUUACAGAGCCGUCGGACCACACGUCGGACAUCAUGUUCAUCGAAGCCUGGGCCCAAGCAAAUGGAUAUGACGUGGAGACGCCGAAUAUUACACCUUGGCGACGUAAGCACAUGUCUAACCUGGUGAAUGCGUUUGACUUUGGCCAUACCGACUACUCUGUUCCACCUAUUGCCUCUGUUCGUAUGCCCGAAACAGACCCGGACAAGCCGUGGGACGGUAAUUUGACCCUCGGUUCGUUGUCGGGCCCAUGGGUUGGGCCAGCUAGGUGCCUACAGGAGCACGCGAUUGGCAAUCGACCUCCUAUCCCGUAUGGCCAGGACAAUGCUAAGCAAGAAAUGGCGUCACUGGUGGAAGAUGGCUUCAAGACUCUGCGUGGUCAGCUGACCGAGGGCCGGUACGUUGUGUUUCAGGCUGGCGACUUUGCGCUGGCCAACCUGGACAGAAGCGUCGGCAUCAGCCCUGGCAACAGCAAGCACGACAAGAUUGAGCAGCGCUGGAUUCUGCACAGCUUGGCCGACUAUGGCAAGGAAUUUUAUCUGCAGUCGGCCAAGGACAAAAAGUACAUUGGAUCGAAGGGCAGAUUGACGUCAGACAGGAGCGAAGCUCAGACUUUUACCAUCAAUUACCAUGCAGACGCAAUUGCAUACACGCUACACGCUGGGGAUGGAAAGAACGCGGUGACGGUCGAGGCGAGGUCACAGAAGAGAAACGUGAAGCGUGAAGUUGAUUGGAGCGGCUAUGGUACCCAGUUUACAGCAUACUCAGUCUCGUACAAGUCGUAA